AUGCCAAGCAGCGUUGAUCAGUACUCGAGCAUCCCCGUAAUCGAUCUUGCACCAGCUCGAUCUGGUUCAGAUGAGGAUGUCCAAAUUGUGGCUAAAAAGUUAUAUGAGGCUUUCAAAAAUGUUGGUUUUGCAUAUGUGAAGAAUCACGGCGUGCCUGAGGAUGUUGUUAAUGAGGCGUUUAAAUGGAAUCGCAAGUUCUUUAGUCUCCCGCAAAGCGACAAAGAUCUGGCUCCUCAUCCACCAGAGGCAUGGCAUCACCGCGGCUACUCAAGCGUGGGCCAAGAAAAGGUGUCACAGAUGAUCUUUGACGAGGCGUCGCUCGCCGCCGCACGGAGCGUACCCGAUGUGAAAGAAUCGUUUGAUAUGGGACGUGACGACGACGAAGCACGAAUGGCAAACGUGUGGAUACCGCGAGACGUUCUUCCAGGGUUUCGGGAGUUCUUUCACAAGUUUUAUGAGAUUUGUUAUGCUGCUGAAACGGGGCUGCUGAGGCUCAUUGCGCUGGGGAUGGGGCUUGAGAAGGAGUAUUUCGUGGGGUACCAUGUGAAGAAGGAUAACCAGAUCCGGCUGCUGCAUUAUCCGGCCAUCGAAGAGAAUCUUCUGCGGCAGGGGAAAGCGGAGAGGAUAGCCGCGCAUACGGAUUUCGGAACCAUGACGAUGCUGUUCCAGGAUGAUGUUGGGGGGCUGGAGGUGGAGGAUGUCAGUGAGAAGGGGAAAUAUAUUCCGGCGCCGUAUAUACCUGGCACGGCGGUGGUGAACAUUGGGGACUUUUUGAUGCGGUGGAGUAAUGAUGUGCUGAAGUCGACGAUGCAUCGGGUCAAGGCUCCGCCGUUGGUGGGCGAGGGAGAGAUUCCGAAGGAUAAGACGACGAAGGAGAGAUAUUCGAUUGUGUAUUUCGUAGUUGCGGAUAUGGAGAAGACGGUGGAUUGUGUGCCUGGAUGUUGGGGGCCUGAGAGGUCGAAGAAGUACGAGCCGGUGAAUUGUAUGGAUUAUAUAAAGAUGCGAAUGGAGGCUCUUUAUUAG